AUGUCUUCUGUCGCCUCGGCGCCAUUGCCGACAACUAAUGGAAUUCAUGAUUCCCACACAGCAUCGGUCAAACCCUCCGUGAUGGUACAUUCAGAGGUCGACACACAAUUAGUCCAGAAGCUUCAGGGGAAAGUCGUGGUAGUGACCGGGGGCUCAUCGGGAAUAGGCCUGGCCACAUUAAACCUCUUCGCCGCCAAAGGCGCCUUAAUAGUCAACGGUGAUAUCCAGCCGCCCCCGGAUUUUGACGGGAAGGGAUCGUCGUCAAUCACUCACGAGAAGACCGAUGUCACGAAAUGGGCCGAUCUGUGCUCGCUUUUUGAAAAAGCGAAAACACUGCACGGCCGAGUUGAUCAUGUUUUUGCCAACGCCGGCAUUGCCCCUGGAGAUACGUACAUGAGCUUACAGGUAGACGACAGAGGACAACUGCUCGAACCAUCACACCUUGUGAUGGAUGUCAACCUCAAGGCCUUGGUCAAUACAGUCGCUCUCGCUGUCCACCAUAUAAGACCACGGGCGAGAGAUGAUGUUGGAAGUAUCGUUAUUACUGCUUCGGAAUCAAGCUAUCAAAGAUACUUACCAACAGAAUAUGCGGUUUCGAAACACGGAGCUCUAGGCCUCAUUCGUGCCAUGCACGCAAACGUACGACAUCAUGACCUAUCCAUUCGCGUGAACGGAAUCAUGCCGUCCUGGACCGCGACGGGCAUGGUGCCGGUGGAGCUUAUGGACGCACUCGGCUUCCCAUGGCAGCCCGCUGAGGCAGUCGCUAGUGCUGUCGGUUUGCUGAUGGCAGAUGAAUCGAGAGACGGUCAAGUACUUUACGUCGCGAAAGGAAACAUAAAGGAGGUUGACGAAGCCAUCUUGUUGAAAGCGGCGUGCCAGGUUCAAGACGUCGAUAGGCUUACUGCGAAUGAGGAGUAUCUCAAGCUCAUCGCUGCGAUAGCGAACGAUAUGGAGUGGAACAGAUGUUCCGCUUGCGCAGGCGACUUCGAGUAUGGAUACCCACAGGGUAAAAAGUGUCCGAGAUGCGGUAAAGGUGUGGUGAGAUGGGCCAAGGCGAAUUUGGUAGUUUCCGGGAAGAGUGGCAAUAAGGAUCAAGACCAGGCCAAACCUGUCUUCGAAGGGGAGACAUCUCGGCGCAGAAUAGCAAACAUCAAACCUCCGACGGACGUCGCACUGGCAACAUCGACAAAGGCCUCUCAGCAAUCUACCCCAGCGCCACGCCCCGGCGGCUUGAUUUUCGAUCCAGUCACCCAAUUGUCCACCUAUGCGACCGACCGUAACCAAGACAAUAUGCGAUACAGCACAGAUGCUGGACAGGAGGGCGGAAGAGCAGAAGGGCUCGAUGACGCUAUCGCAGCGGAUGCCAUUCGUGUCUUGGUCGAGAGGUUCCGUGCUCACGAGGAGACGAUACGCGCCCGAAACGUGGAGAUUCGUGCUCACCAAGAGACGAUACGCGCCCGAGAUGUGGAGAUUCGUGCUCAUCAGGAGAUGAUACGCGCCCGAGACGUUGAGAUUCGUGCUCUACAGGAAGAUAAUCGCGCCCUGAAGAAGCGCAAAAUUGGCGAGGCUUGA